CUAGCCCUCAGCCACCGACCAGCCAGUCAACGGCCCGUUGGCGAAGACUGGACAUCACCGCUCGCACACUUUUUUCGCCUUUUUGUUUGAUUUCCAGUUUCUGCCCCGUCUGCUGCGUCUGCAUCUUUCAUGCUCCAGGAAUCCACCUCUCUUUAGAUCUCUGGCCUAAAUGUCCCUGCCUUGGGAGGCUCGUCAUUGACCUCUUAUCCCGACACGCUCUCCAAUCAGCACUCAGGCACUGGUGGGCGCGCUGUAACGCACCGAUACCCUCACCAUCUUCAAUUCCAAACACCCCUCCUUCACCUUUGUUCCCUUCCUUUCUGGACUGUCCGUUUAGUUCUUCCUUCCUCCGGGAACCUGUCUUAAUCUGUCUAGCUGUUCCGAGCAGAACGACUUGCUACGACAUUACGCCCUCAUCACGCAAGCCGUGCUGCUGCUCUUCUAGUAUCGAUCCAUUCAUCGGUCCAUACACCACCGUACCCACUGAACCCCUCCCAUACCUCGAAGCAGUUCCGCGCUCUACUACUUUCACGCACUUCUUCUGUUAAGGCCAGGUCGCUUGGGUCGAUGUCGCCCGUUGCUGCCUGCGUCGCAUGGAGGUCCAGAUCCCUUCUCCGUCUGUUUUCUUGAGAAAGUCUCCCGUCAUUACCCCCGCGCCGCUGGUCCCGCCGAAGAAGUCGGCCAUCGCAAAGCAGAAGACCAAUCCUCCUCCCAAAUCCCUCAACAAAUCCGUUCAAGAUGGGGCGGUGACGAAACCGAAGCAGAGCAAGAGUCGAAAUGGUUGUAUGACGUGCAAGAAGAAACGGUUAAAAUGCGACGAGACAAAACCCUCUUGUGCCCAAUGUCAGAAGAGAAGCGUGGUGUGCGAAGGCUACAAGAAGGACUACAAGUGGAGGACGUUUGAGGAAACCACUUUUGCCUCCCGGCCUACCGCGAAGAGGAAAGCAUUUCGUUCCAACUCCCUGUCACCAAGUCACGAUGUCGCCAUACCCCUUGAUAUCGCUGGCGGUGGGAGACCGGAUGCCAGACAGACAAAUCUGGAAGCCGCUCAACCUGCUCAGACGUGGUCCCCAGGCCUUCAUUCCGCCUUCGAGACUGCCGCUCAUGCAUUUCAGGACAAGGCCGACGCUCACCCUCGUCCUCAUGGGUCAGUGUCUAGUCCGAAGCUGAAGAUCGAGAGGCAGUUAGGCAGGGACCAUUCGCCACCUCUAAAUCUCACUACUCCGGAUUCAAUCUUCAUGCCUGCUUUCGAGACGGAAGGCAUGUCGCCCGGUCUGACAUUUGGCGACUCGGUUGAUCCGUAUAGCCUGACCACAACGACGACAAGCUCCUCUGUCAACGACAGCAAUAGUGCUAGGUCGUUCUCCUCCGGCUCCCCCCAACUUCUUGACCUUAUGGCUCCCUCGGGAUCGGAAAUGAAUCAGCUAUCUGAUCCCUGCGAGCUCCAGCAACAAAUGUCUCUCGACGUCAACAUUCCUACGGAAGAUGACUUUGAUGAAGAGAUAAUCAGGUCGGAUGCCAUCGCCUCAUCUGCCGCGAUGUGCGCUAUGCAAAUUCCCACACCUUUGUCAAUGCUCGAACCCAGCUUUUCCAAUACUGCAUUUCAAGCUUUCCGUGCGUCUUCUCCUACCCCUAGCGAGACCUCUACAGCAUCUUCCAAAUCCAGCGAUAUGACGAUCCUCGCACAGCCCUCUCUUGACGCCUCGUCACCAGAGAUGCUGAUGCUUCGCUUCGACAAGCAGACUUGUGGCAUCUUAUCCGUCAAGGACGGUCCUACGGAGAACCCCUGGCGGACAUUGAUUUGGCCUUUGGCUCGAGAAUCUCCUGCUCUGUACCAUGCCAUUUCAUCCAUGACCGCAUUCCACGGGGCCCAUGAGAUUCCGAACCUGCACGUGCCAGGCAUGGCACACAUGACAAAAGCUAUCAAACGCCUGGCUUUUGAGAUCGAGAACAUGCGACUCGAUUCGGCACUGGCAACUUCAUUGGCACUGGCAUUCAGCGAAGGCUGGGAUCGACAUGUUAGCACUGGUGUCCAGCAUCUCCGUGGCGCAAAGGUCAUGGUCAACAACGCCGUCAUCAGGCACCGGCGUGACAUGCAGAUGGGGCAGAUGACAACCCAAGAUGCCAACAGACUCAAGUUUCUUUGCAACACCUUUGUCUACAUGGAUGUGAUUGCUCGGUUGACGUCACUGGAAGAAGCUCCCGACCUCAAUUUCGAGGAGAUCCUCGCCACCGUCAACUCUCCAUUUGGAGAUCAAGUCGAGGUCGACCCGCUCAUGGGCUGUGCCACGACUUUAUUCCCGCUGAUGGGCCGCGUCGCUAAUCUCAUACAACGAGUCCGCAAGACCGAGUCGAAUUCGCUCACCAUCAUCUCCACCGCCAUGGAGUUGAAAGAGCAACUUCAGCAAUGGCAGGUGCCCAGCGUUUUGAUCUUCGAGCGGCCGGAGGAUCCGAAUUCAGAGGUUCAGCACUCAGUUCAGACCGCGGAAGCCUACCGAUACGCUACGUUGCUCUAUCUACACCAAGCUGUCCCAGAAAUUCCCAGCGAUCCAGCGGCAUCCCUGGCCAAGAAAGUCCUGGUGACCUUGGCGUCCGUCCCCCUGUCCUCAAGGGCAACCAUCGUCCAGAUCUUCCCUCUUUUUGCAGCAAGCUGCGAGGUCACCGACCCGGACGACAGGAGUUGGGUGAUGCAACGCUGGCAAGCUAUGAUCCGGCGUCUAAAGAUUGGCAAUGUGAACUCGUGCUGGCGCGUUGUCCAAGAGGUCUGGACUCGCCGGGACGCGUACGAGGAUGAAAAGUCGAACAGACUGCUCAGACAAUAUGCAAGUCGUGGAGUGCCAGGGGGUAAUUUCGUUCCUCCUGUCCUUGACAUGCCGCCGGCGUUGAAGAGAAAGGCCCACACGGUGGAUUCUCUGGGCAUGGGAGACGACAGGCCUUUCAGCCAUGGCCCCUACCAAGCUCAGGGCCUGCAGAGCAGCGGACCAGAAGAGGUUGAUGCCACAGGCAGGCCGGUCAAACGCCGCCAAACGUUCGACUCAGUGGGGAGCGGAAGUGGCAUGUCGGCUGUGUCAGUGACAAUGCCACCUCCUCCAAUCUCCCUCCCUCGGCGACAUACGAGCGACAUCAUGUCACCAGAUCAACUGGAACCCGAAUACACCGUGCGAGGGCAGUUGCAUUGGUUGGGCGUUAUGUCGGACUGGCAAUGGGAAGUUUUUCUCGGUUGAUUUUGCUUCCUUCUGAGUCGAAUGCCUCUUGCUGAGCAACGCCUUGCCACCGGGGCUUGACGACCGAUGAUCUCUCUGAUGUUGCCGCGGGUCUUUUCCGACCUGGUGAUGAUGGAGAGUGGUGGACUUUACAGUGCUUUUGGAUAUCCGAUUCUCGGUUCCUUUUCCGACGCUAGGAAAGCUGAGAUUCACACUCCCAUGUUCUCUCCUCACACUGGCAAGAUCCAUCCAUCUGAAUUCGGGCGAUUUCUCUCUCUCGCUCCCAUCGACGCUCUCGCUCCGAACACUACUCCUCCUCGAGUCGGUGUCGCUUCCGCUGUUGCGGCUCCCGGGCCCAGGAUGGUCGACACUGGCGAGGUAAUUCCGCAUGCUUGCGGUAUACUCGUCGAGUUCGGCGCUGUGGGUCAAUUUUGACAUGGGAAUUGGUUCGAGAGGUGCGCCGGAUGUUGGAUGCGGGCUCGGGCCCUGCACAAUGGUCUGGCUCUUGCUGCGCUUGCUCGCAGGAUGGGGAGCCGUUGAAGUUGUCAUUUUGGGUUUUUUUUGGGUCCGUUGGAUGGGUUAUGUGCCUGUCCUAGGAAAGUCCUGUUGUUGAAAAAUAUCUGGAUUGAACCAAGUUGGUGGUUAGUUGGGUUUGUGUGCUGUGGGCGGGACGACUGUGAUGACUUUUGAUGCUCUACGGCUAUGAUCGACGAAGCGCUUGCGAUUUCAAUGGAGUAUUUGGGUUUUGUGCCUUGCUUUCGUGCGGGACUUGGGUUCUGAGCCUGUGACAAUGCAGCACCGGGGUUCAAGUUCCAGCCUUGUCCGGGCGUUCUUGCAGCUUUGGUGUCGCCGAAGUCGGGGCUUCAGUUGCGAAAAUGGGGUUAUGUUCUCACGAGCAAGGCGUUUUUCGGAGACUGGAGCUGAAUUUUUGGGGGGGACUGGUGGAUCGGGGGCUAUGUAUUUGCAGGGAAUGGAUGUGGUGCAACCUGGUACAAGUUUUAACAAACGGCGUGAGAGGCGAUCGUAGGAGUGAGAUGCCGUCGGUAAGGGUUUCUGUUCAGGGGAUCGUGGGCGUAGUAGUUGAUAUGCGACCGGGAAAGAAACAGACCGCCAGGCCCGUCAUCUGGAUUUCUCCUCGUUUGUUGCUGUGGACGGUUGUUUUGAUUGGACAACCCCCAGAAAAAG